UCCUAUUUAUUUCCAGAACAUGCUUGAAGAGCUAUUAAUUCAUAAGCCAGAUGAUCCCAUUGAGUUCAUGAUAAACCACUUAAAGCAAAACAACGAUGAUGCUCCAAGAAUUUGUGUCCUUGGUCCACCUGCUUCUGGGAAAACUACAGUUGCAAUGUGGCUUUGUAAACAUUUCAAUGCCAUACGUGUCUCUCAUGAGACUUUGUUAUUCAAGGAAGUACUAAUGCAGACAGAGGAAGCAAAGGCAUAUAAAGAAAGAAACCAGAAAAUUCCCAACGCGCUUUGGGCCAAUCUGAUCCAGGAACGUCUGUCAAACGUGGACUGCAUCAAACAAGGAUGGAUUUUGGAAGGCUUCCCUGAAAAUCAGGAGCAGGCAUGGAUGCUGCAAUCAUCUGGCAUUUUUCCUAGGCAUGUUGUUAUGCUCUAUGCCCCAGACACUGUGCUGAUUGAGAGGAGUGGUGGGAAAAGGCUUGAUCCUCUCACACAAGAGGUUUUCCACACAACCUUUGACUGGCCAAGUGACCCCCUGGUACAGCAGAGGUUGGUGGAACCAGAAGAUCUCUCUGAGCAGGAGGUGUCCAAGAAGCUGCUGGAAUAUCACAGAAACUUCCCAGAGAUUUUCCACAUCUACCAGAAAGUUCUGAAAUCCAUCAAUGCAGACCAGCCCUCCGUGGAUGUUCUCUCACAGGUUCUUGCCUUUGUCCAAACCCGGCACCGAUCUGCUGCCCCCUUUACACCCCGGAUUCUCUUUUUUGGCCCCCCAGGCAGUGGGAAGAGCCUGCAGGCAGCACUAAUAGCUCAGAAAUAUGAUGUUGUCAACAUUUGCUGUGGGCAACUGCUAAAGGAAGCUGUUGCAGACAACACAAAACUUGGAGAACUCGUUAAGCCUUACAUUGACAGUGGAUGCCCAGUGCCAGACAACCUUGUCCUGAAGCUGCUGACAGAACGCCUGAACGCCCUCGACUGUCUGACCAAUGGCUGGGUGCUCUCUGGCUUCCCCAGGGAUGUCAAGCAGGGAGAGCAGCUGCAGAAAGCACAGAUGAAUCCCAACAGGGUGUUCUUCUUUAAUCUCCCCUACGAGUCCAUCAUGGAGCGCCUGUCCCAGCGGAGGACGGAUCCCGUCACGGGGGAGAGAUACCACAGUACAUUCAGACCAGCUCCCACUCCAGAGAUCCAGGCCCGCCUCAGGCAGAACCCCAAAGACAAGGAAGAAAAUAUUGAGAAGCGCCUGGACAUUUAUUACAGCAACAUCAAGGGCCUGGAGCAUUUUUACCAAGAUGCCUUUUAUGUCAAUGCUGACCAAGACCCUUAUGUUAUCUUUGAGUUCAUAGAAAGCUGUAUCAUUAAGCCUCUUCCAUGUAAAAACAUUAGAAGUUUAUAAUUAAAAGUGAUGAUUUGUGGAAGAGUUGAUUUAAAAUUUUUGCCUGUAAUAUGUGGAGAAAUGAAAAAUGUACAGGCCAAAUUUCCUUCUUGCUCCUGUGGAGUAACUUCGGGUGGAAAGACCCUGGUUGCCCAGGUCACAAUGGGGAUAUUGUGUUAUUUUGUGAGAAUUUAAAGGCAGAAUUUUCAAUACUUUUGGGAGGGGAGGGGUGUUGAUGAAUGGGAAUUGGAUUUUCUAGCCUUGAGGGAAGCUCUGAAAGUUUUAGAAAAAGUAUCUUUGAAAUCUAAGAAAGCCAAAUCCAAGCAGUCUUGAGUCUCUGGUGCCUCUUGAGCUGAGAAAUUCCAGCCUGUAGGAGCAGGCAGAGGCAGAGUCUGUUCCCAGACACAGGGCCCAGCCACAAACCCUUGUGUUCAGCUGGGCAAGGACAUCUUUAAGAGCCCUGCCUGUUACAAAUGUGCUGGUUGGUGACUGCUUGGGCAGCUGGGUUUUCUGCCAUUGCUAUGAAGAUGUGCUGCAGCAUUCAUGCAUAAUUGGGAGCCCUUCUAUUAAUAAUACAUGGGAAGCUCAUCUUGCUAAUAUCACCUUCAUCUCAGCAUUCCUACUAAAUAUUUUGAUAGAUGAAAUGGGUAGAAAGUGUAUUUAAAUACUGUUUGUACUGCAGCUAGGGUACAAAAGGGACAGUGCAUCUUUAAUUAGACAGGUACAUCUGCUUAAUUAAUUUAGCUGUAAAGCCCUUUUUCCUCUUCAUUCUUUCAUCUAUAUGCGGAUGCUAUAUUAGUUCCGCUCCGCUGGUUCCAUAGAAACUGAGAAAAAGAGCUCAGUCUCAUUGAGAUGCACUUGGCAUGUCUGGGUAGGAGUCUCAGGUCAGUGGUCAACCCCCAAGGGUUUGCAGCAGGCCUGAAGUGCAGAACGUCAGGGUUAGCAGAACAUGCUAAUACUCAUGUAGAACUCUCCCUCAGAAACAACUAAAACAAUUGACAUUCAUUUAAUUACUGUAAACGAAACAGCCCCUGCA